CCCUCAUCCCUGCGGCCAACACCCUCAAGCAAGAGCCAAGAAAAGUCCCCAUCUUCCUUUCUCCAUUUUUGAAGAAGCUCUAACAAGAAGGAAGCUCUAGGAAAAAGUUUAAGUUCCAAAAGUGUACAAAACUUGAGGAAAGGCUAGUUUCAGGUAGAACUUGAAGGUUGCUACCAGUGCCGUUGCUCUGAAAGAAUUUAGGAGAAGAAGACGUGGUUCGUGCUUCCUCUGUUCCUGUUUUAAAAUCAUUUAAAUUAAUGCUCAUGGAUGUUAUCUUUUGAAUAAUUAUUUGAUGGCUUGUAUGCCCAUGUUUCGCCAAGUGUGGCUUGAACACUUGUUACAUUACUUCCGCUGUUUUAAAUGAAUAUUUUACAUUAUGGUUGUUUACGGAUGAACUAUGUGUGAAUGGUAUACAAGACGCCUUGUACAAUAUGGAUGAGUUGGGCUGCGGUUGACUAUUCGUAUUGUACGGCGGGUUGUUGACGUGUCCGGUAGGUCCGGGGCGUGACAAUUUAAUUGGUAUCAGAGACUUAGUCCGUAAACUUCAUAAUGAAGCUUCAAAAUCUCUUUUUGAAAACGAAUUUGAAAACCAUGAGCAUAAAAGUUUUGUACUUAUAGAACUUUUGGUACUUGAGUUGCAAAGUCUCUAAUUGUUAAGAUGGUACCCUUAACAAUUGGUAUGACAGUGAUUUGAGCCAAAGGAUGUCUUUAAGUACCUAUCCGUCACUUGACAUUGAUACGAGUCUAAUGACUCAUUCUACUUCCUUUCAGAAAUGGAGCCAAUCGGAAGGAUCACUAGGAGGAACCCGACGGGCCGUGUACCGGGUGGAUCCGAGCGCGGUAGCCGGGGGUCCUCUAGGGGAUCAAGAGGAAGGGGCCGUGGAGGCCAACACCAAACCGUGAGCGAUGGCCACGUCGAGAAGGAAAGUGAGACCUAUUGGUCUUAUGAAGAUUCAACCUACCGGCCAGAAACGGAGCCGGUUGAGACCCCUUAUGAAGGGGAUGAUGAUGAUGUGAGUGACGAGGAGGAAAGUGGCUCCUUGGCCAGGAUUGAAGCGCUGCUCCAACAAUACCACCGGGAGCGCGAGUAAAGAAGGGAACGCCGAAGACGCCGUGCGGGGCAACCUUCGGGUGGGGCUCCAAGGGGUAGGAGUUUUUGUGACUCGAGGACCCAUGUAGAAGCGCAUGGGAGUCGGGGUGAUGGAGGUCCAACCAUAAGGAUCUCCAAAUACAUUAAAGAGGCGAGGGACUUGGGGUGCAAACCGUUCGAUGGGACGGGAGACAUCUCGGUUGCCGCACAGUGGAUCAAGAGGCUGAACGAGGCAUCCCUUGACAUGCAACUCACCCCCGAUUUCAAACUGAGAAUCGCGGUGAGGCUACUUGAAGGGUUGGCAUCCAAGUGGUGGGAUGGAACCACGGGCAAGUAUGGCGGGACUGUUACUUGGGAGGAUUUUCGGCAAGAAUUCUUUGCCCAAUACUACUCUGACUUUGAGGUAAACGCCAAGGUGAGGGAAUACACUCUUCUGACCCAAGGGGGGUAACAUGACAGUGAAAGAACUUGAGCACAAGUUCAGGGACCUUGCUGAUCACAUACCGGAGUAUGCUUGUGAUGAAAACCGAAUGGUGAAUCACUUUUGGGAGGCCUUGGACCUGGAGAUACGUGAUAGGGCGACUCAAUUGCCCAACAUGACUUUCAGCCAAGUUGUUGCUCAAGGGUUGAAGGGAGAAAAGCAAUGGGAGGAGAGGAAGAAGAGGGACGCCGAGGAGGCGAAGAAGAGAAAAUGGGAGAACCAUGGCCCCCAAGGUUCCAAUAAGAAGGUGAACCAUGGGGGAGGAGGAUCAUUUAGGGCACCGGCACCGCCGUCUAGGGGAAGCUCAGGCACGGGUGGACAAAACUCGGGGUCGCAAGCCCCAAUGAUGAUUAGGUGCAGGAACUGUAACAGGAACCAUGGGGGAAAGUGCCGUGACCCUCCUCGGUGCUACCAAUGUGGAGACACGGGGCAUAUUAAACCAAAUUGCCCUCAACUUGGUGGGAACCGAGGGGCGGGGUCUAGCGGCGCUACCACGGCGAGUAGGAGCCGAACCGGAGCACCCCAAGCUAGUGCAGGGCAAGGGGGGGCGAGCACGAGCAACGCGCCGUCCGUGAACCAAGGAAGGACUCAAGCUAGAGUCUACGCAAUGACCGAGGCCGAUGCUCGGGCCAACCCCGACUCCGUUGCAGGUAACCCCUUGUUCACUCUUGUAUUAUUCAUAUACAUGUGUAUUAUAAGCUUUAGGGAGCAUGUGCGGGUCAACCGGUGACGUUUCGGCUCGUUUUUAGCGGAAAAGAUGAGUUAAACACGCCCAGGGACGAACCGGCGCCGGCCCGGGCUUG